CCGGCUUCAGUUCAACUGGAGAACUCGCGGAUGACGGUACUAUAAUUUCCCGCCUCAAAUUUUCAAAGUCCCUCACACAUCAACCGAAUUGCCCAGAUCAAUAAAUAAACCAAUAAAUAAAGCAAUUAACAAGCCAGAAAGACAUUGGCAGUAGUGAGUGGAUCGAAUGAAUAAAUAAACAAAUUGAAUCAAAAAGGAUUCACAGCAAUUAUCAGCGAUCCGAUCGCAAAGAAGUUGAAGUUGCAGAAAUAAAAUAUCGUUUUUCAUCGAUAAUAAAUCAAUCAAGGUGUCAAUAAAAAUGGCGCAGACUUACCUAAAUUCCACGUUACUCGUUAUUCUGGUGUUGAGCAUGCACUGGUGUGCUGAGGGGGCGCCGCAGAUGAUAAGACUUUGCUCGAAGAGUCUCAGUGAUGCUCUCUACCUCACCUGCAUGGGACGUGGAUACCAAGAUUUUAUUACCUACUCCGAUGGUCUUGACCCCAAAGUCACCCUCGGUACAGGACUCGUCGAGGAAUGCUGUCACCAACCGUGCACGUACAAACAGCUUGAGCAGUACUGCAAGCCACUUCCUUCUGAAGAGAAUUCAAAUAGUCGAAUUGAGGAGUCACUGAGGAUAGUGAACCUACCGUAUUCCUCGAGGCGGACGGUGACGAAGGAGGGGGCGGAGGACGAGGUACAGAUAAAAAACUCAAUUAAAGAAGUCCAUGAGGAAAGUCCCUAAUUUCGUGAUUGGGACUAUUCUGCCGGAGCCCAACGAUUCGCUGGUUCUCUUCCCCUCGAAGUCUCACAAGGAUUACUGGCGAGCUACCCAGGGUUUUUCUCCUGACGUGAACAAGCUCGAAGUCACCAUGAAAAAGCCUGGAAUCACUCGACUAACUCAUAACCACCCACAGAUAACUUCUCCCAUCGAAAAUGCGUGAUAAAGACAAGUGGAUCGCUCAAAUUGAGUGAAUAUUUUGUGCCUCUUGCAACAUAUCAUCUCAAUCCGUCGACGUAUUUUUUCAAAUCAAGACAACAAGUGUGUCACUAUUUCUACGUACUCUUAAGUUUGACGAUGCUGACUGAUCUCACUAGUAUUUAUUUGAAUUAUUUAAAUUAUUCAGGUGUCAGUGACUUUGGUUU